AUGGCAUCCAGAAGUGACUCCGCGGGGUCUGUUCGCCCGCGAGCUCGUCGCUCGAUCGCCCAUGUACCCCGAUCAAGACUCACAUCGGCUGUGGAUAAGGAGAAUACAACCACAGACAUAAGCGCUGCUCAUCAAUUGAACCCUGGCCCCACGAAACUGGGUGGGAAAGAUAAGAAGUCCCGCAGCAAGAGUUUGGGGCCUGGUGGUUUAGAUGCGCUUCAGCACUCCAACGGCAACCGACGCAAGUCUACCACAACUUUCCCCCUCAAGUCUAUCCUCAAGCCCACUGUGCCUGUUUCGCCCGUCCGGAAUAUCCCCUCUUUCGAGGAAACGCGCAGACGGACACCGGCCCGAGGUUCACAGCAUCAUGAAGACAAUGCAGGCGGGGCCAGCCAAGGAAAAGAAGGCAUGUUGAUAGAUCUAGGCACCCCAGCACAACCGUCAGGGUCUGUAGAUGAGUCCAAUCCAUUCGACAGCUUCAAUGCUGCCUCGAUACGUGACGAGAUAGCCGCUGCUAGAGAGCGCGAUGAAACUGACAGACGGGAACGGGAGCGGAAGGCUAUCCUAGAACAGAGAGAAGCUCGCCGAAAGUCUAUGGCAAAUCGCCGAGUAUCAUUCGCUCCGGAGGCAACAUUACACACAUGGAACGUAGUGGAAAUUCCCGACGACUCUACUUCAUCAUCUACCUCCAACUCUACCAGACGCGCAUCUUCCCUAACCUCCGAGAACCAGGCUACACGUGCUACAGAGAAGACUGAACCUCCCUCGUCCCCGGAUGCCGACGUAGAGUCGGACAUAGCGUUUUCUCCAGUGGAGUAUCCAGACCUCCAGCAGCUGGCCAACCGACCUGAGUAUAGCAAUUAUGAUGGAAUGGGAGGCUCCCAGCAAAUGUCUUCCAGCCCUUUCAGCGGAAGCUCGGCUGAUGGCAGUGAAGAUACUGGACUGCAAGGCGGAGCGAGAGAUGAUGAUGACGAGGAGGAGAGGGAGGACGACGAUGAUUCUUCAACCUCCGGCUUUGAUGGUGAAAGUACUGCGAUGAGCUUAGAUGACAUGACUGCUCAAUCUGUCGUGACAGCGCGAUCUGAAGAAUCGAAUACCAGCUCUAGUGCUCGGCUAAAUGAAGCUCUUCGACAAGCCGCUCGGGAAGCAAGAACAAGGAGCAUUGAUAAUGAUGAGGAUGGUGAAAUGUCAAUGGAGAUUGCUGAUCAGGAGAUUACUGGAGCUUUUCAACCUUGGAUCAAGAAAGGACAGAGACAAAGCUUUGACUGGGAAGACAUUAGUGCGCGACAUGAUCAAGAGAAUGCCUACCAAACAGACCGACCUGCCCAAGAUGUGGCAGUCUCUGAUGCCGCAAGUGACAAUGGAGACGAAGACAUGAGUAUGGAAGUGACAAAUGCUAUUGGCCGGAUUAUCUCUGAACCGGCAAGUCGCCGCCAAAGCACCAUCCGUCGCAAGUCAAGAGGAGAGGAAACAAACUACGGUGAACAAACGAUGGAACUCACAAAUGUAAUUGGAGGUAUCGCACAGCCCGCUUCCCCUACGAAGUCUACGGGCGCCGACAGCAAUGCCAACGGGGAUGAGGAGAUGACAAUGGAGUUUACCUCUGUCGUUGGCGGACUCUUGGGCAAAGCCGCUCCCCAAGAUGCAGAUGAGGAUGACUAUAAGCAUGCUGAUUCUUCUGCUCAGGAAGACUUCGAUGAGCAAAACUCCCCCGAAUGGAACGGAGAUGAUGCGAUGGGGGACGGAGAGGAUAUGGAAAUAACUGGAGCUGUUGGUGGUAUCCUUCCACCGAAUGAGGAACAAGAUGAGCCAGAAGAUGAUGAUCAGGCUACGGGAAUGGAAGUCACAACAGCGAAGGGCAGGAUAUUACCGUCGAAAGCAGGAGCUGGUGGCACCGGUGAGGAUGAGGCAAAUGGAGGGAUGGAAGUGGGAUCCGACGCUGGUGAGCCGGGUAGCUCGCCCUUCCAAGAAGAAGUUCGACGGUCUCCUGCGAAGUCACCGGUUUCUUUCCAUGUUGCUACAGUUACCUCAGAGAGUGGUAGUCCUAGUUUGGCAAGUGUUAGAUCUAGGCGUACAAGGCAGAGUCUGAGUCACGGAUCACCAAGCAUACCAACAUCGACUACACCCAAGAAGUCUCCAUACGGGAGCUCAUUGACUCCGAAGCAAUUAACGCCGCAGGUCAGUCGUCCUACAACACCGGGGAAAACCACGCCAUCAAGCGCCAAGGGAUUUGGUAGCGUGUCAACUAAGAAGCUUUUCCAACCUGUGCUGCAAGAGUCCUCAAACAAACGAAAGUCUCCUCGUAAGAGCCUCUUUGGAGGCAGCGUGACGGGAGAAUCUGCCCCCCUCUUUGUUCUGCAACCCAAAGGCAGGAGGCGGUCUUCAGGACUUGGAAUCGAUAAAGAAGGACUUGGAUCUCCGAAGGUAGCGGCUAUGCUUGAUAAGCGACGGUCCAUUGGCGAGGGAAAUGCCGAGUUCGUUCCUCAGCAACAACAUCAACAAGGUGUGCGAUUUGAAGAUCCCGUGAAGCUACAAGAGGAGGUUGAUCGCGAGCGCGAAGAGGAAGAGAACAGAGAAGAUGGACAUAUCCCGCCUCUGCAAGCUAAUGAGCGGGAUGCGACUACGAACUUGCGAGAUAUGAUCUCAAGCCUUACGCCAAAGAAGAACAAGGUCGCCGGCCGGAAAAGCCUACACGUCGGCGCAGCGCGGGGCUUGCUUGGGAAACGGCCGAUGGAACUGGAUCUACUCGACAACGAAUCCGAUAGUACACCAAAGCGUCUUAGAGUUCGUGAGGCUAGCCCAGUAAAGAAUAUCAGGCUUCCGGCACCGCCAACAAAGGACGAAACGGUUGGACGUCUGGGCCGUUCGCCUGCUCUUCAAUCCAUCGAAAGAUCUCCGGCGAAGCUGAGCACUACACCUACUCAAGAACCUGUGUUGAGCUCCGCAGAGGAUGAACCAAGUUCGUAUAAUGUCACGUCCACUUCUGAGUCAACCCAGGAGACGCCCGAUCAUCAGGAAAAAUCAGGGCCGGAUUUUGACCCAAUCCACUUGCAGGAGUUCUUGAACAUGACCAACAUCCAUUUCAUGGAACUUACGACGACAAAACGCCGACACACAACCGCACCGGACAGUGCGACCAGAAGAAAAGCUAGACUCUCUAGCGAGCUUGAAAAGACCAGUGCUUCCAAGUUUGAUGAGUGUGUUGCUGCUGGGUUCUGCACCGUGCCUAUGCUUGAGCUUUAUCAGCAUUCUUGCCGAGAACUGAAGUCGUAUAUCUCCGAAGGAAGACAAAUUAUCCGGUCGAUAGAGACGGAGACAUACGCCGACAACCCUCCAUUAUUCCGAGAAUAUAUGACAGCCCCUCCCGAUAUUCGUCUCUUAAUGGAUAAUCAAUUUCGAAAUGUAAAAACCCAUGCCAGGCUACUCAGCAAGGCUACGUGGUAUGAGUGGCGAAUGAAGCUCCUCGAGGGUCUAAAAGAUGGGCUCACUCGACACGUUGAAGAGAUGAAAGGUGAUGAUGAGCUUCUUUCGAAGCAUGAGACGCUCCUCAACGGCAUUGUGCCCCCACUUGUUGAAAAACAUACGUCACUUAAGGAACAGGCUACAUCUUUGCAGCAGUUAGCAGAUGAGAUUGAAAGUUGUGACCAGGAUGAACUGCGUGAGGCGCGCGAGAAACUGUCUAGCGUCGAGGCGGAUAUCGCAUCGAAGAAAAAGCUCCUAGAAGAGCUACAGGCUGAAGCCCAAGACAAGACGAAUACUAUCGAGGCUGGAGCGGAGCUUAAAGCGGAAUACAUGGCGCAAAUCGAGGAAGCAGAAAGGGUCAAGGAAGAAUGCCGAGGCUGGAGUGCUACGGAAAUUAGUGAGCUAAAGGAAUCCGUCCAUAAGAUCGAACGUCAGACGGGAUGGUCUAUAGUCUCGGCGACCUCUCCUUCAGCUUCAGCCGCCGGCCCGCUGGUCACGAUGUCCUAUCGCAACCAGCUCCAACUGGCGUUCUAUCCUAGGGCAUUCUCUAUUAAAAAUGGCGGCUAUCAACCACCUGCUACUGACGAGAAAAUAACUAUCGAGUUGAGAUACAGUCCUCAAAGCAAGACGAAGUUGGCGGUCCAGUCCUCUCAGCUGUCGCCAAUAGGAUCAUUAGUCCUGAAGUCCCUCCAAAACGAGCUCGCAACUCUACCGCAAUCUAAAACAGCUCCAAAGCAGAUGCUGCUUUUUGUAGCACAGGCAUGGGAUCUUGUGCUUAACCUUGAAGAGGAGGCCCGCAUGCUCAAAUUCUACGGUGCUACUAAACUCCAACUCUCUGGAAUUGAUGACAAGCCUUCCCUCCGCGCGAGAUGCACUCUGCUCGAACUUUCAACUGGAAAGACGUCGUCAACGGCGAAGAAUACAGGAGCGAGAAGAGUUGAUAUUGACUUUGCUGUCAAGACGAGUGUGCAGAAGAAAGGGAAUACUGAUGAAGUCGGUGUCAUGACCUUCGAGACCGAUGUGGUUGCCAGCAAAGUCUACGGUUUUGGAACCAAGAAUGACACUGGCAUGUCUGAGAAUGACAUGCGGAAACUUCUUCGCAAGGAGCUCGGAGGGGACUCCGGGGCCCAGCUUGGAAAUGGUAUCUGGAGCAAGGCAGUUCAAACGCUCACUGGGACAGUGUUUUGA